AUGUAUUCAACCGCAGGCCCCAGCUCAGCUCUCAGCUCCUUGAGGUUUGCGGAGGAGCUAGAGGAUGACGAUUUGUACGACUUUUCGGACGUCCCAAACCAGGGGCCCGCUGCCCCAGUGUCCAGGCCCCCCCUGGUGCGAGAACCAAAAAGGCUUGGCAGCAGCAGCAGCCUGGCCAGCAUUGCUGAGUCAGCGGAAGAGGCGCUUGCAGAGAGUGGUGACAUCAGCGAUGAUGCGGCGUCUUCGAAGGGGUCCUCCCCGCUGGAAGGUUCACUUUCAGAGGCCUCGUUGAACUCUGGUGGUGAGGGGCAUUCACAUCCAGAGCUACAGCAGCAGAGAAUGGGUGUGAACAAGUUUGGGGGGGAUCAGCAAGCAGACAAUUUGGGGGGGGCCAUGGAGGAUCCUGUUGCAGAUGGGGAGUUGGCAUGCGAGGAAGAAGAGCUUGAAACUGACGACGAAGAUGUGCUGGAUAUGCUGGGGUUGGAGGACGUGGCGGGAGGGAACUUCGCAGAUGACAAGCCUGGGCUUGCAACACUCAAGGUCCUGCCACCACUAGGGAAGGGAUUGCCUCCCUUGAACCCCCUCGCUAGGCCUCCUUUCCGUCCGACCCCCCUUUUUGCCGGAGCCCCAUCACUGAUGGCUCCAACAACGGUUCUGCAAGACCUUCAGCCCAGCCUCAGAAAGGGGUCUCUGGGUGCUGAAAGCUGGGAAGAAGAUCUCAUGUUGACAGCUGGCAAGUCAAUGAAGACAGCUGUCGAAACAUCAGCAAUCGAUAAUAGCAACAGUCUUUGGAGUCAGACAGCUGGAGAAGGCUCGUUGGGAACCCCAGUAAGGGAAGCAAAUGCCCCAGCUGCCUCUGGUAGCAAACGGAGCGAGAGUCUGAGUGACUUGGAAGGGAACAGUUCCGUUGGGCGUUUGAGCUCUCUGGGGGAGGAGGUUGCCUCAGAAGAUGACGAAGUGGAAGGCGGUCUGUCAGGCGAGGAGUCGCCGCAAGGGGUAAAGCUGAGUGUAGGGAAGAGUGAAGGCAGCAAAACGAAGCAGGAGUCGAAGGGGGUUAGUGGUGGAGAGGAGUCAGGGGAUCCCGUUGGGGGUAGUUUUGAAGGUGAGGGACUCGAAGGCGAAGCAACCGAAGGUGGCAGCAUGGAAGAUGAGGAGUUAGAGGAGGGACUGGAUGAGAGGGAGGAUCACAGCUUUGAGAACGGUGAAUCUGGUCUGGCGGCCGAGUCUGACGGAGUUGAGGAGGGCGAACUAGUUGAGGGGGGAGCAAUUGGGGAAGACAGGUCCGAGCUAGACGAAGGCGGGUCCGAAAACGGGUUUGGCGAAGAAGGGGCAGACGAAGACGGCGAGGGGUUGGAAGAAGAGUUGGACGAAGAUGGUCCAAUUCCGGAUGGGAUUGAAGCGUUGGAGCUUCAAGCGCAGGGCUCGUCAGAUUCGGGGAAGCUGGGUGGGGUGAGUAAGGGGGCAAAGGUAUGGCCGUCUGCUUUCCAGUUGCCAGUCCUGACACACGCUCCUGAGCGAAGCUUUCCGGAGGGUUGGCGGGCCGGAGUGGUGUCAAGAAUGGGCGAGGAGCAGCCGGCUGUCGUGGAGAAGAAAGUGGAGGUCGACGGGCCGAUUUUAGGCGGAUCGGUUCUAUCAGCACGGAAAAUUGGGGAAGAGAUGGACCAGAGCAUCGGACGGCCACCACUGAUUGCGGGGACAGGUGGCGCGCUGGCGUUACUCGAGCGGAAGUUCGCGCAAGAGAAGCUGUUGGAGCUGCUGAGCGCGACACGGCAAGAUGCGGACAAAGGCAGCGAAACGGCGGAGAUAUUCGAAGACGAGAACGAGAGUGGGCUCAACAAUCCCUCGCCAGGGCUUGACUGGGGAGCUAUUGGUCGUGAUGCACCUGUUUCAGUUUCCACUACAAUAAGCAGAAUAGGAGCAACCCCCUUGGCGGCAGAGCCAAGCUUGGAAAAGGUCAACUUCCAGUCGGGUCGGGGCUUUGGACCGUCCAAGAGCGUUUCGGACGAUCCUUCAGAGGUCCCAGAGAAGUUAGAAGUUCUGGAAACUUUGAUGGGCUCGCUGAAGGAGCCGGGGGGGGCCACUAAUGCCGGAGUGAGCGACGUGGGCAGCUCCGUUUCCGUUCCGCUCUCCGUUCCCGGAUUGGGGAAUCUCAGCAGCACACAAAACGGUCUUCAAGAACCGGCAGGUCAGGAGAGGAACCCCGAUCCGCACAACCAGAAUGGUGUCGCAACUUCGGUGGUCCCCAUCGGAAAAUACCUCACCCCGAUUAGCCCUGGAUUAAUUCUACCUGUGCUCAAUCCGCUGAGCGAACGGAACACUAGCGGAACGGAAGCCAGCGCGUCCAGGACAGCCACACGGGUUUCUGAGAGCGGCAAAACCAGGGCAGGGAUUGAUCGGUCAGGGAGCCCGCUUCUUCAGCCAGAGGGGUUGCUGGGCUUGGCUCCAAAGUCCCCUCAAGCCGAAACAGCGUCAGCAGAGCGUCAGGCGCUGAUGCAUUUCCAGCGGGUUGAGAGCAGGAACAAUAAAGCGGACUGCAAUACGGAGGCCGGUUCCCAACUGGAGGAUUCCGUUGAGAAAGCGGUCGGAGAAGUGGGAGGAAGCGUUGGGUCGUCAGGAGCGGCGGGAAUGUCUGGUGAGGAUUCAGACGGGUCAGGAAACGGGGCGGAUUCAGCUGGUUUAAGGGGCCGGAAGGAUGACGAAGGCUUUGUAAAAAACAGCGAUGGGUUGGAAAACGGCAAAAGGGAAGACAGCUCGCCAGGUGUUAGUCGAAGUAACAAGGAGAAAGACCUAGACGUGGGCUGCCCUGUUUCUUCUGGAGGGGACUUGCGGAGCGCCCAGGGUCCACGUGUCGCUCUGCGGAGCACAGAAACCGCAGAGACGCCGGGCGGUUCUAGCGAGACGCAGCGGAUUGCGGACACGUGGAGCGGGGGGAAGCCGUGCGGAUUACGGCGGGAAGAAACUGAGGCAGUGUCAACUAGAAGCGGCGGCGAAAGCGGAGAAAAGGGGCUGGCCGUUUCUGAAAAGGCAACAAGCAGCCACGCAAUAGACAUUUCGGAAGGGAUCCCUCUCGCGGAGGGCCAAGCCGUGAAUGAAAGAGCCGGCAGCGCAUUUGUAAUGGCGCCUCUGGAGGGGUUGAGAUUCUCGUCGCCACCAGAGGCCCUGUCCGGCGAGCCGUUGGCUGGGGCGAAACACUCGAACUCCAGCUCUUCUGCCAGUCAAAAGGGCCUUUCUUCGACGGCUGCGGUUCCGCAAACUUUAGCCUCUCUCUUUCACAGGCAUGUCACCGCCUCGAAUCUACAGCCCGAGAACUCUGCAAGCCCUUCUCCGUUGAAGAGUACUGCGUCCCAAUCUGAUCGAGGGGCGACCAUGAUGGCUUCAGAUUACGUCGGCGGUCGCCCUAGCUCGAGCAGGGCUGGGGGAAUCUCCGUAAAAAGCAGCGAGUCACCAACGGAGGACGUUCAGCCGGUCCAAAUAGCGACGGCGGAGAAAGCGGGCGCCUCUGAGGCAAAGGAUGGAGUCUUUCCUAGUGCGCUUCAGCAGAAGGGGGGCCAGUCAAAGGUGGCUCCAACGGGGAAGAAAAGGGAUGAGGAACGUCGAGGUAGCUUAUGGGGGAGCCGCAUUAAAGACGAGUGCUCGGGGGAAAGUGACCGAGGAAACGUAAGCGGUUCGUCGAGGCGUCCAAGGAAAGAAGCUGGGCCCGGGGAAUGUUCCACCGAGGGAAGCACGGAGAAUCGAGACGUCAGCGAGUCGUCUAACGGCGGAAGCGUCAGCCCGCGGGAGGACCUGAAGCGAACGGACCGGGCUGCUGACGUCGUCCCCCGCAGUGUCGCUGACGUCGGUAACCACAGAGCGCCAGCGCAGCUCCGGGCGAGCUGCAGAGCCGAGCCUCGUGAGGUGGGCCGGCGCCCGGAAAACGACGUCAGUAGAAGCGGCAGGGCUCGAGAUGACGUCGGCAGGCAUCGUCUGUGGGGGGAGGCGGACGAGAAUGCUGACGUGGGCGAUUCUGAUUUCGGGGGAAGGCUUUUGAGUCGAGAGAUCCGCGAGUUGAGGAAGAUCCAGGAAGCGCGGAGAGCGGCGGAGAAGGAGCGGCUAGGAGCGGCGGUCAGUGCGCUGCAGGAGUGGAAGACCGCAAACGGCGGGGCGGGCACCUCGAACGGCAAUGAACGCCGCCGAAGCUCCCAGCGCAAGGCGGUCAAGCGUGGCCACGUCAUCUCUGACGUCAGCUCCGAGUUCAGCUUCGAAAGCCCGAUCCAAAGCGACGCCCCGAUCCGGAGAAUGCUCCAUGCGCCGCCGUUAGCUGAGCCGCGGGGUUUGGAGGUUUCGAGGGCCGCGGAGAGGGCGGCCGCGGACGCGCUCGAGAGCGCCCACGUGGCGACGUCCCGCGCGGCCGAACUGGAGCAGGCGCUCGCGCGCAAGGAGCGCGAGGUCGCGCGGCUGGCGCGCGUCGCAGAAGGCUUUAGCAGGGGCGCCGGCGCGGCCGAGCGCGCGCUGCAGGCGGAGGUGGCGGAGAUGGCGCGCGAGCGGGACGGGGCGCUGCAGGAGAGGAAGGCACUUCUGGAGCAGCUGGCAAGAAGGGACCGACAGCUGACAGAACGCUGCGACGAGGUGGAUCGGCUCAAGUCGGCCUUUGCCAAACUGGCGGACCAGCGCGCGGCGGAGAGCGCGCGCGCAGAGGACGCCGCAAGGGCGCGCGAGGUGCGCGUCCGCGAGCUGGAGGAGGGUUUGAGGGUUUCGGAGAGGCUCAGGGCCGAGGCGGAGGUUGAGAUGCGAACACAUCAGGAGCGUCAAUCGCACUUUACCGCAGAGAGGAAGCGCCUUUCGGACGCCCUGACGGCCUCCCAAGCGUCCGAACAAGGCCUCGUCCAAAAGUUGGACGCUCUGCAGUCGCGGCUUUCGGACGCUCUCUCCGCCGCACGGGCGUCCGAACAGGGCCUCGUCCAAAAGCUGGACGUCCUGCAGUCGCGGAUAGACGCCUCGUCAGAAACUAGGUUACGGGCGUCCGAAGCUGCUAACACAGCCUUAACCCAGAAAGUGGAGGGUUUGCUGACCAAGAUCUCGGCGCUGGAGGCGGAGCUGCGGCACGUGGCGCGCCCGAGAGCUCGCCGCGUGGCACCUGCAGAGGAUGUUGCAAAUAGGGCGACCCUGAAAGAGCAGGAAGAGUCGGUAGAGUCGCCAAAAAGCGUGAGCGGUCUGCUGAGCGACGGAGAGGAAGAGCCGCUAACAGGAAAUCUGGAACAAAGCCGCGUAUCGAAAACGGUCAAGUGGCCCAAACCCGGUCAGUUGGCGGCCUCCAAUCCGCAAACGACGCACGCAGAAGAAAGCCCUGAGCAGAGUGCAAGUCAAGAAGAGCCGCUUACUGAGACAUCGGGUCGUAGGGCCUCGACUGAGUGGAACGAGCGACUGGUGCAGUCUGACGGGGAGGGUCAGGUGGGGGGAAGAAGCGGAAACAGGGCCUCCGGCGAAAAGGUGGCGGAAUUAGAACGGGAAGUGAAACAACUGAGAGGGGCGCUCAACGUCGCCAAGGAGGGGCAACAGGCGGGUCGUGGCAAGUACGCGGCUCUGCUGCGAAACCUGCGGACCUGGAUGGAGGGUCGCCGUUACAUGGCCAAGACGGCCCCCCAGUUGACCGCUCUGAUUCCGCUGCUGGCCUGGCGGAACCUACCGGCCGAAACCAACCGGAUGCGGGCGCGGUGGCACCAUCUGGCGGAGGGCCUGUGCGCGGAGAACGCCGAGUCUCCACAGCGCCAGUCGUUCGUUUCGCGGAUGUCACGCUUACGUCACCACCGGCGCUGCCUGAGCGCCCACGUGGACCGCCAGUCGCUGCUCGCCGCGCUCCGCGUUUGGCGUGCGGAAGUGACGAGCGGAGAAGCGCGCGCGGCCGGUGAGCGCGCGCGCGCGCGCGAGGAGGAGCUCGAGCGCAUCACGUGCGCGCUACCCUGGUGGGUGCGGCGCGUGAGCGAGCGCGCGGCGCUCGCGCGCUUCUUCCUGCACUGGCGGCUGGCGGGCGUGACGGGAAAGCGCCAGGGUUUGGAGGUUCUGCAGAGAGAGAGCGAGCCGGAGGCGGAUCCCGGUCACCGGAAGUCUCUGGAAGAGCAUCCGCGGAAGAGGAAUUCCGCUGAAGAAAUGAGCUUUGUGGAAGUUCCAAGGGAUAUAAAGGCAGCUUCUAUGGCGGAAAGCGGAGCUCCGGCGGAAGAGCUCAACGGAAUGCUGGGCGCGGACGGAGGAGACGCAAUCCAGGUUGAGCUGCGGGCCAUACGGGAGAUGGUGCAAGAGCGGCUGCUGGAGCUGAGUCAACAUGACGAGCUUUCAACGGACGUCCCCGAAAAGAGGCCGGGGUGCGCCCAGAAAGCGUCUGUCUCGGACGGCUUGCACAUGUGCCAGAGCCAAAAAGACGUCAUUCAGCACCUCAUAACCAUCCUGACGGACCUGCAAGACCGGGCCACCGGCGGUGUAACGCCCGCGGCAGCGUCCGCAGGAGCGUUACAGACACCAGUGCGGGAUGAUGAAACGACCCCUGAGAUGGAGAUGAAGAAAGAAAACGAAACCGGAAGCUUUGGAUCGAGGCUAGCGCAAGGCCACGUUGAAGAGGAAGAGAGAAACGUUAAAAUCUCGUCCGAGGAAAGGGCGGACGAUGCAGCGCGUGUCGAGGUCAAAGUAAUAGAUUCUGCCAGGCAGAGUGCUGCCGAGCAAAGAGGGGGCGGUAGAGAGAAAGGUAUUGAGUUAAAUGCAACGCAUACUCGCCGGCGGAUAUUGCGGGGGACGUCGAGGUUGAGCGGGAAAGGAAGAACAAGACACUGGGCACCUUAACGAAGAGACUGGGAGAGGAUUCGCUCACAUGAAAG